AUGACGCACAACGCGACUGAAUCGACGCCGUACGUCGCGCAGUGGGGCAUUCUUGGGUGCGGCUGGAUAUCGUCCGAGUUCGCCAAGGACCUGUGCCGCUCACCAGCUGGACGCGGCGCCAGCGACAUCUCUCAUGCCAUCGUCGCCGUCGGGUCGCGUAGCCAGGCCAAGGCUGACGCGUUUGUCGCCGAGUUUGUCCCUCGCGGCGCUGCGGCGCAAGUCGACGGCCUCUGCAAGGUCGAGCCGCGCGGACAUGGAAGCUAUGCAGGUGUCGUCAAUGCCCCAAAUGUCCACAUUGUGUAUAUUGGUACCACGACUUCUGCGCACUACGAUGACGCGCGCCUUGUUCUCGAGGCCAGCAAGCACUGCCUGGUGGAGAAGCCCGCGACACUCAACGCAGCCGAAUGGGCCGACUUGAGCACCCUGGCAAAGAAGCAGGGCGUGUUUCUGAUGGAAGGCGUGUGGACCCGUUUCAACCCGUGCUUCCUGGCCAUUGAGAAGGCCAUCUUGCACGACAAUGUCAUUGGCGACAUUCGCUGUAUCUACUCGGACAACAGUCUCGACUGGCACAACAAGAAACCCGACUCGACGCGCAUGCUGUCCGCCGAGCAGGCAGGUGGCAGCGUGCUCGACCUGGGACCGUACCCGCUUGUCUAUACCAUGAUGCUCAUGUACCGCCACCCCAAGAACGGCCUCACCCCGCCCGCCCAGGUCGGCUCGACGAUGAUGCUGUCCCGUACGGGUGUCGACCUCGCGAGCAGCGUGACACUCACGUUUCCGCAGCUCGAGGCGAUCGCCUACCUCACCAUGAACUCGCUCAGCUCGACGCCCAAGCAGCUCCACACCCGGAUCGUUGGCACCACAGGCGAGAUCCUCAUCAAAGGGUGGACCUCGCGCCCGUCAAAGUUUUGGAUACGCAGGCUCGUCGACCCUGCUGAGGGUGGCGUCUUCCUCGAGGACGAAGAAGUCGACUGUGCCUUUGACGAGUUUGGACUGUGCUUUGAGGCAGACGCGGUCGCGCGCUGCGUGAGGGACGGGCUGCUCGAGUGCCCUCGUCUGCCCCACGAAGACACACUCAUGACCAUGGGGGUGCGAAAGCAGGGUGGAUAUGAAUUCCUUCCGGGCCUCGAGAAGGUAAAGUAA